AUGAGCACCCAGUCCCCACACUUACUACGGAUCCUGGCAGUUCAGAGCUUGCUGAGGGACAAGUCCUUGGCAGUGGAGGCCUUGGAAGAUUUGCCAGGGGAACUUUUCCCACCAGUGUUCAUGGAGGCCUUCAGCAGGGGACAUGGGGAGGUCCUCAAGGCCAUGGUGCUGUCCUGGCCCUUCCCCUACCUGCCCAUGGGAGCGCUGAUGAGCAUGAGGAAAGUAGAGACCUUGGACACUCAGGUGGAUGAUGGCCAGAUGCCAGAAAGGAUGUUCCACGCUGUGCUGGAUGGGCUUGAUGUGCUGCUGAGCCAGAAGGUUCCCUCCAGGUUGAAACUGCAGGUGUUAGAUAUGCGGGACAAGCAGCAGAAUUUCUGGAGAGUCUGGGCUGGAAAUGAGUUGGAAGUCUGCUCCGAAGAAGCCAUUAAGAAGAGCAAAGGAGAGGAGCCUGGGUCAAGGGGAGCAAAAAAGCAGCCCCUCACCGUCAUCUUAGAUCUGUGUCUGCAUCAGCAACAUCUAUGUCCAGUUGACCCCUACCUUCUCAAGUGGGUGCAGGAGAGGGAAGAUCUGGUGCAGGUGCACUGUCAGAAGCUCUGGGUUACAACCACAUGUACCAAAAUGGUCACGGAGGUCCUACCAACACUGAACCUUGAUUCUGUGCAGGAGUUGAAUGUGGGUUGCCGCUGGACACUCUUUACCUUGGCUGAGUUUGCCCCUUUCCUGGGCCAGAUGUGCAAUCUACAAAAACUGAUUCUCUCUGACAUCUCUGUGCCUGCAAUCCUUUCCCCAGAAAAGACGGAGCAGUUAUUUACCCAAAUCACCUCUCAGUUUAUCAAACUUCACUGUCUACAAGAGAUGUAUAUGGAAGCUGUUGACUUCCUGGAAGGUCACUUGGACUGGGUACUCAGGUGCCUCCCGUUCCCGCUGAAGACCCUCUCAUUAACUCACUGCCAGCUCUCACACUCUGACUGGAUCCAGCUCCCCCAGGCUGAGCAGACCUAUUGGCUAAAACACUUGGAUCUGAGUUAUGUCAGGCUGACUGACUUUGCUCCUAAGUCUCUCCAAAUUCUCCUCAAAAAUGUUGCAGCCACCCUGACCACCCUGCACUUGGAAAACUGUGGGAUCACAGAUGAGCAGGUGUGUGCCUUUCUGCCUUCCCUGAGCUGCUGCUCCCAGCUCACUACCUUUUGCUUUGUAAGGAAUUUUAUAUCCAUAGACAUCAUGAAGAAGCUGCUGUGCCACACUGCCAGGCUGAGCAACUUAACCCUGGAGAUGCAUUCGAUUCCUCAAGAAGUUUAUGUUCCCAGGAAUGGCCUCAAAAAGAAAGCCCGUAAGGCGGUAAACUGGGAUAAGCUGCGUGAAAUCAAACAGAAACCCACUGAAAACCCCACCGCCUUCAUGGCAUGCCUAUCGGAGGCCUUCACUAAAUUUACACACCUCAACCCAACCUCAACAGAGGGCCAACUGGUCCUCAACACCUCCUUCAUCUCUUAG